CUGCGUUGGUUGGUGCAGAAACUACACAAAAAGAAGGUUUCAAAAUCGCCUCUCAUCGUUCGCUACACACGGACGAGAUAAUCGCCGUCAGGAAAGUUGUCUACUUGUCAAUAUUCGCUUGUACCGUCGUCAUCACCUUCGUUUGGUCGGUGUGAUUUUCCACAGCUUUGUCAUUCCCAUUUACCAAUCGUGAUUUAGUGAGGGGCAGAUAAGUUCGUGCGUAGCUAUAAAGUAGCGGAUAAAACAGGACCUUUUCAGCAGUCGGAAGAUCGUGCUGAUCCGGGAGGAGACGUUCACACACGUCAUUUUGUGUAGCAAGUGCUUAGUGCGGAUUCGCUGGAAAAGGGUGCGAGUGGUGGACGAAUUUUCGUACGGAAGAUUAUUUGUUCAUUGUUUCACGGAGUUUCUGUAUGUAACGAAGAUUGAUUGGAGCUGGUUUGAUUACCUGCACGGUAGUUGUGGAUUGUAAAAUUUUGAUUCAAUACUGAAUACUGAGUUAUUUGAGGAGAGAUCACAACAACUACUGCGCGCGAGCAUUACACGUCAUCGCGAUAUUUUCCCUACUGCAUAGAGCAGAGCAUAGUUCCCAAUCAAAACAGACCUAAAGUGUCCAUCCGGCUCAUUCCCCGAGCGACGAUUCUCUUCAGGUUAGGUUUUUACACUUCGUUGAUAAAUAGUAGCAGAAAGCGCGCGCGCUUGUGUGUGUACGUGAGUGUCCGUGUGUGCGUGAGUGCAUAAAUCACCUCCAAAACAGAAGACAGCGGAACAUAAGAGCGCAACACCCACCAGACAACCACAAUGGGGAACGUUUUUGCGAAUCUGUUCAAAGGCUUGUUCGGCAAGAAGGAGAUGAGAAUAUUGAUGGUAGGAUUAGAUGCCGCUGGUAAAACCACAAUUCUGUAUAAACUAAAAUUAGGAGAAAUUGUUACAACGAUUCCUACCAUCGGUUUCAACGUCGAAACUGUAGAAUACAAAAACAUUAGUUUUACAGUAUGGGAUGUGGGCGGUCAGGACAAGAUCCGGCCACUGUGGAGGCAUUACUUCCAGAACACACAAGGACUCAUCUUCGUCGUGGACAGUAACGAUCGGGAACGUAUCGGUGAAGCCCGCGAGGAACUGAUGCGAAUGCUGGCAGAAGAUGAGCUUAGGGAUGCCGUUCUACUUAUAUUCGCUAACAAGCAGGACUUACCAAAUGCAAUGAACGCAGCAGAAAUCACCGACAAGCUGGGACUGCACUCGCUGAGAAACCGCAACUGGUACAUUCAGGCGACCUGUGCAACAAGCGGCGACGGUUUGUACGAGGGCCUAGACUGGCUGUCCAACCAGCUCAAGAACGCUAACCGUUAAGAUAUGCAGAACUGUGGGAAGAGUAAGAAGAUGCAACAGCCUCAGCAGAAGAAGCGACGACGGACGUGGACGAGCAAUGCGAGCGAGCGAGAUCGAGAUACAUACUACUACUACUAAGAGCAAGAGCGAAAGAGAUAUGAGAAACAGAAGAAGCUCCGUUGAUAAGAACACACAAGAUAGGGAAAACCAACAACAAAGUAGCAGCAACAAAAACAAAAGAAAGAAUGAAUAAAAACAAAACAAACACAGAAAUACCGACUCCCUCUUAAUGAAAAUAAGAAACAUAAAAACACUAAUAAGCAGAGCCAGCCAGGUGACGUGUGUGUGGAUGAUUAUAUUAAAAUUUGAACAGAAAUAAUAUAAAGUAAUAUAAUGAUUGAAAAUAAAGGAAAACACACAGAAAAAAGCAAAAAAAAAACAGAAGCUGAAGCGUAUUAAAUAAUUUAGCAUGUGAAGAUAAACAUAAGCUAAGCUGUGCAAGAAGAAAUAAGGUUACAAAAGAGCUGAAAUAAAGUGGCCAGAGGAGAAAAUGAAAACCGGAAUAUGUGCUUCUUAUUGAUUGUGCGCUACAUCGCUUCGGACGCCACAAGCCUGUACUACUCUCUUGUGUUGCGAGAAGCAAAGAGGCAUUAUUUUGGUCUAGCUAAUUUUUUUUCUCCGUAUCUCUUGCUACGAUCGACUUUUUCGUUUCCAUUUUUGUUCUGUCCACUUCUGCUCGAAGCUGUAGAGCAACUACGGUUCUAAGAGAUAUUUCGCAGUUUUGCUGGAUGAAGAACAAAAGGCUGCAAAAUAUAGUUUAGCGAGAAAUUUUUCAUUGUGCAAAAGAAUCGAUUUGUUUCGCUUAUUAUUCAGGAAUAAUCUUUGAACAUAUAUUAAAAUUAACUGAAGUAGUUUUUAUUUAUUAUCUAUUGCUCCUUAUUUUAGUACACUCGAUUUAUGAUAGCGCGUUGAAGGCGGUUGUCAAAAGGAGAAAACAUACAUUCGCAUACGGAUAAGGACUUUAGGGGAAGAUGGAAGGAGAUAGAUUUUUUUUUGUUUUGUUUCGAUUUGAUUGCGAGCCGACACUUUGAGCAAGAAGCGUCUGGAUGAUUAUGGCUUUGGAUUUUUCUUUAUAACUCGAUUUAACAUGAACACCGAAUCACACACACAUACACUACACAUGAUGGAUGUGCAACUAGAAAGUGACACAGGACGAUAUAAGUUGAUAUCACAACAUCAUUAUCAGAUGGUUUGAAAUGCAAAGGAAUGAUGCCCAAUGGAAAUACAGAACAAGAAAAUGGAACAUCAGGAUUUUACAUUGCAAUAAAACCACCAGCCAAUGACAGAAGCAGAAACCAAUAAAAGACGCUACUAUGUUGACAAAUGAAAGAAAAACAAAACAGUAUAACAGAGGUAAAAAGAUAUCCGGAAGUGACAUCCGCAAACAUUCAUUCAGAAUCAGUUUAAGGAAGAAUAAAGAAACAGCUACAAGUGUAACAGUUACGUUUAAUUAAGAUGAAUAAAACACUAUAUAUAGACGAGAA